CGUAUAUUUAAGAAGAUUUAUAAUUGCAACACACAUUAGUUAUAAAUUAGUUAAUACUGAACACAUUUAUUAUGUUUUAAAAAAAACAGGAAAGCAGUAUUUAUAUCAACACUUAAUUCUACAAAGUUUGAGAGAAGACACUUAAUUUUUCUGUAAUAGUAUUUGUAAUACUGGUUUUGCCGCAAUGCCGAGCACGAAGGAGGUACCGGAAGUAGGCACCAUUUACCUGUAUGACGAGGAACAUGUGCCCCGGAAGUCCAGAUGGAGCAAGAUUCCGCUAUUCAACUUCUUCAGGCGGAAGUUGAAGCUUGAUGAGCGCGAACUGGAGGAAAAGCGCCGCGCCAUCAUGAAGAAAAACGGGAAAUAUAGAGUCAGGUACACGGGGCUGAACGGUUACCGCCGGAAGUAUCUGCACGACCUGUACAUCACCAUGGUGGACCUCAAAUGGCGCUACGCUUUCGCCCUCUUCUUCAACCUUUACCUCAUCACCUUCUUCAUAUUCGGUGUCUUCUGGUGGUUCAUCGCCUACAACCACGGGGACUUCGACCAUGUGAAUGACCCCACGUGGGACCUGUGCGUCAGUUCGGUGACAAGCUUCCCGCGCUGUCUGCUCUUCUCCAUCGAAACUCAGACGACGAUCGGAUACGGCGUCGCUUAUCCGAAUACAGACUGUGAAGGAACUCUGUUCAUGGUUUUCCUACAGAUCACUGUUGGCAUUUUGUUAGACAAUAUUCUCCUUGGUUUCAUAUUUGUUAAAUUCGCUCAACCUAAGAGAAGACAAAAGACAAUCAUAUUCAGCAAGAACGCAUGCGUAAACCACCACAACGGCGAGCUGUCCCUGCAGAUCCGUGUGGGUGAUAUCAGGAAGAGUCAUCUUCUCGCCGCUCAGGUGCACGGGGUGCUCGUUAGACGACACGUGACAGAGGAGGGCGUCAACUACCCGAUCUACCUUAACAAUAUGAAAUUCACGGCAGACGACAUGGACGACACCAUUGUGCUCAUGUGGCCGAUGGUUUUGACGCACAAGAUUACCGAGGAUUCCCCGUUCUGGGACAUCAAACCAGCAGAUCUGACAAAUGAAAAGUAUGAAUUAAUUGUAUUCAUUGAAGGGACAAUUGAAACAACUGGGGAGUUCUGUCAAGUUCGAACAUCGUACACACCAAAGGAAUUGCUGUGGGGACACCGAUUCGACAGAAUCGAGGAAUUCGACUCUGGAAAUGCGCGGUGGGAAGUCGACUUUGCCGCCUUUAACGACGUUGUCUACACAUCGAACAUACGACAUAGUGCAAAAGAGCUAGCAGCCUUUAAAGACAGAAAGGUUCUUGAAGACGACGAGUAUGACAAUGACCUUAAGGCAUUUGCGCACAUCCAAACCAGAUCUCUGAAGACAGUUUCCUAUGAUGUGGGUCCCGAGCUACCAGUUCGGAACCUCACGGAAUCGCGGGGCAAGUACUUCCCGGUCUCGAAGACAGACGCUGAAAGUGAGUCAGACGACACGUUGACGGAUAAUAAACUACGGAAAACGGACAGCGUCAUGUCCUUCCAGACCGCGGACGGCGAGGAGGAAGAGGGAAAUUCCAGGUUUCAAGUCUGAAGGAAGCCGUCAUCGGAGUGGUUGAUCCAGUCAGAGCGCCAGAUGCAGUUUUAACAUUGUCAUCUGGCAGUUUUGUUAUGUCUGGCAGUUUUGAUAUUAUCGUCUGGUUUCACAAACAUUGAACACAAAGG